GUUGCACCUUACAUGCAAAAAGCGCUCAAGAAGACUGCCAUGAAAUUUGACUAGUUUGCCAAUUUAUGAAAUUUCAUCCGAGAACUAUAUACAUUUAAACGUUAUUUUCUGGUCCUGAGUGGAGUAGACAUGGCUGACCAGGAAACUGGGACCAAUGGGCUGGGUAAGAGGGCUGCAGCAGGUGCUGCGGUUUUCAAAGUGCGUGAGGCUGCAAUGGCGAUUCUUCAAAACGAAUCUACUGGUAACCUGAAAGUACAAAAACGGAUUGCCCCAUCGACUCCUUUAAUUGUACCCGAUCCUUCCCUGAAGCCGUACAAGCGGCCACCCAUUCUGCUAUUGCCACCUUCGUACAGCGCCAAUCCAGUUGGAGGAUUUACCUGUGAGGUGUGCGGCCAGAACUUCUUCUCUUUUCCUCAGAUGGUGAGACACAAACAGUUCCAUGACGAAGAAAGGCCCUUUCCCUGUGGUGUGUGUGGGAAACGUUUCCUGAGCCGCAGCCACUACACUGAGCACCAGCGGGUUCACACUGGGGAGCGCCCCUUUCCCUGCGACCAGUGUGAGCGCUCGUUCACCACACACCACAACCUGAAACGUCACCAAACCAUCCAUGCCAAAGAAGAGGCGUACCGCUGCCGGAAAUGUGGGGUGCUCUUCUGCCAGCGUCACGAGUACCCCAGGGGCAUACCCAGACCCGACCUCGAGCCUCGACCUGGGUUUGAGUCCACGUCCACGUCCACGAUGCAACCAACACCUCCCAUUCAGGUCACACUCACACCCAAGCAGCUUAAGAAGCUCAACAAGAAGCUCAACAAGAAGCUUAAUAAGAAGAGCCAUGAUCUCUCAACUAAACAUGAUCAUUCUAAAAAGAAGAAAAAGAGGAGUAGAGUCAAACAUCCAGGCCCAGCAGAGAAAGUUAAUUAUGUGCGUCAAGAGGAACUUUGGCCUGUGUUGUUAACUAAAGGAGAAAAAUUGCAAAAAGUUGCUUAUGACAUUGAGGUUCUUAUAUGAUCCCAAAUGAUGAUAAAAUAAAUGGGAUAAUUAGUCCGAUCAUGAUUUAAAAAAAUAUGUUUGUUUUGUUUCAUCUCCACCGAUGUGGACGCUGUUUCAGAAAGGAGUUAUACCAUGAAACACUUGUUUUGUUUCAUCUCCACCGAUGUGGACGCUGUUUCAGAAAGGAGUUAUACCAUGAAACACUUGUUUUGCCUCGCAUCAUGAUUUUGGUAUUUAUUCCUUCAUGAGUUUGAGAAAAUAACUUUCCACAAUUGAUCAUGAUUUUGAAACAUUCUGUCAAGCAUUUCAAGUGAUUAACUGUCCUCUGAAAUGUUAUGGUUUUGCUUUUGAGAUCUUGACUAUUUUUUUGUAUUAGAAUAGAAUAUAUACAUUUUUGAGUUAUGAUUCAUUCAGUUCUUUUGAUCCAUUGCCAUGUAAGGGCUAGUGUCCAUGCAUUAUUAAAUGACAUGCUAUUAAACUAGUUAACUCCUCUGAUGUGGCACAUCAAAAUGUAUUCAUCUGCUUUUUAGAUUAUGUUCAAAAAGGCCUGUAGGGUUUCUCUCUGGGCCUUAACCAUUGAGUUGUCCAGAAAUUGAACUUCACCAAUUUAUGUACGCAUAAAUAAUCAGAUGCAUUGCUGUUGAUUAAUUACUAAAUGUACCUGUCAUAAGAACAAGUGAAUCCCUAUAUCUGUAGUCUGUGUAAUGUGGACAGUGUUGUUAAAUUUGUGUAGCAAAGUCUAUGUAUGUCGAAAUGAUACGUCUCCAGUUGAAUUCUGCAUAACUACCUCAGGCUGAUUGUAAAUGUAUUUUUUAAUUGAUAAUAGGAUUACUUACACAUUUA